CUAUGCUUUGACUUAGUAGUUAGUACAGUAAUCGUGUCCAUAAAUAGCCUCCGGUUCCAAACCCACUUGAGCUCCCAAGCACUCUUCACAUCAAACCGCGCCGUAUAGCCAUGGAACUGGGUGCAUUUUUGCGUCUAACAGUAAUUGCGGUCAUGCUUACUGCAGCCGCAUCGCAGACCACUCCAACCGGUUAUGCCAAUCAUACUGUCGGCGGCAGCGCCGGCUGGUUCUUCAAUUCCACCACCAACACCUCCGCUGCUAAUUAUUCCUCUUGGGCCGCUACUCAGACCUUCAAUCUAGGAGACUUCCUAAUUUUCAACACGAACUCGAAUCAGACGGUGAUCCAGACCUACAACGAGAGCACAUUUAGGAGCUGCACAACGGACGAUGCGUUGAAUAAUGACACGAUCCAGUACGGCGGUGGCAGCACGGCAUUUGGUGAAGCGUUGACCAUACCUGUGCCGUUGACUAUCAAAGGUCCAAACUAUUUCUUCUCCGAUGCUGAGGACGGCGCUCAGUGCCAGAGUGGUCUGGCCUUCGAGAUCCAAGUCAACCACGGCCUUGGCUUGCCUCCCAGCCUUAACCAGCCACCACCGCCUCCCUACGUGACACCUCCGGGUCCGGACUUCAGUCAGACCCCGCCGGUUACUAUUGCAGGGGGAUCGCAGGCGCCGGGAAACUCCGGCUUUAAGAAUGGUGUUAAUGUACGUGGUGUUGCGUGCGCCCUUCUCUUUGGUGUUGCUUUCCUCUGUUUUAGGCAUUAGCGUCGCAGGUGGUGUGUUGUGUUUUCGAGUUACUGGAUGUUGUUUGGUAAUUAGGAUAGACGUGUUACGGUCUGCUUUUUCGGUUCUUCCUGCGGAUAAUUAUACUCUAGAAUAACGGAUUACAGAUUCUUUUAUAUGUGCUCCUGCUAAUGUUUUAGUCCAAACAAAUAGAAGGGAUACACACUAUGAAGCGAAUUUAUCUUUUUUACUUUA